CAUAAAGUUCAGAGGGGAAAAAAACGAUCCUCGAUCUUCGAGGUUUUUGAAAGGUUUACGUUCGUGUAUAACGUAUCGAAGAUACAUUGAAGAUACGAGAAAGACAAGGAGAGAAAAAGGACUCGUCUUCUCGGGUUCGGUACCUAAUUAUACCAAGUCACAUGCAGAGCUCUCCGCUUUCUAUUUUUACGACACUUGACCGAAACCUAAACGCUACGACAAGUGUGAGGGGCGUUAUAUAUAAUAUUUUUUUUGUCUUCGACAACACCGUGUCUAUCAUCCUCGAACUAUUAUUCUCGUUCCUUUUUUUCGCUAAAAGAGUGGUGGGGGGGAGGAGAAAUAUUACGUAAAUCGCAAUUUCGUAUCGCGUUGGGCGUACGAAAAGUGCGUUUGGCAAAGUGGAGAGGAAAAAUGAAGAAUUUUCAGCUUCAAAUUUCUCUCAAAAAUCAACAAAUUACGAAUUUUGUGUUUCAAUAAUUCGGUUCAAUGUCGAGCGAAUGGAAGAGAGAAAUUUCUCGUUUUUCACUGAGGCUUCAAUUGUCACCUUGUUCAAAUAACAAUAAUUGACGUCGUGAGAAAAUUUCUCGAUAUAUUUUGGGCGAUCAGAUGUCACAGGAGCGGAGAAAGUAAUUUGAUAUUCUCGCGUUUUGUUGACUCAAGAGGACUAGCCCAAAAUUUUGAAACGCUCCACACAUUGGCUGUUGGGAGUGUCCGGGACGUAUGUUCGAUGUGUGUGUCCCCAGGCAGGACACCUCGACUAAUUUAUCAAAAUAUAAAGAAAGCAAAAGGCGCAAAGAAAAGGAACGAAAAUGCCACGAAUUCCGGCGAAAAAUCAUUUCCCCCCUGAUCGAGUUCAAUCCUCUUUUUCCUUUCUCCGCUGCCUCAAUCUCGAACCUUCGAAAUUCUUCCAAAACUUGUACUCUCUCGUCUCUAUUUUUUUCAUUCGAGCUUGCUUCGCAAAAAGUGACAGGAAGAAAAAAAAGUAAAAUAAAUGAAGCCUCGAGGAAAAAAUUUCGAUAAUGCAAGAUUCGGGGCUCUCGCGAUCGAAGAUUCAGCACACUUAACACAAACAUUCUUCGUAAAGAUCGAGUCGCGCUAUAGGUCCGUUCCUCGAAUCCUUUUUUCCCCCAUUUUUUUUUCUCUCCAUACACACUUUUUUUUGACAUCGUCAUUCUCACCCGCACGCAUAACACGAUAGGAAUCAGUAUAUUAUUUUAGAGGCGUUCUUGUACACACAUGCGGAGACUAUAUGAACGAGCUUGACAGGUGCCCUGGAGAGAGAGAGAGAAAAAAAAACGAAGGAGAGUAAGAAAAAAAUGCAGGAGAGGGAGAGAGCGUUGGAGCACGUAAAAUGUAAGCACAGAGGGCUGGCAGACCACAUGUGCCACUCUAUUACUUAUCUACCCGUAAUAUGACUUACAACUCGGACCGUAACAUUUGUAUGCGUUCGCUGCAUCUUCUUCAUGCACUAAUGUCUGAAUGUCUGUAUGUGAGGGAUUGAGGAAAGAAACGCUCAACCGCAUGUGCUCUCGAGGGGUGCAAAGAGAUGCAAGUGCACCCCUCGCAUUAAAAGAAAAAACGAAUUAUACAUAUUAUUUCACGUCCAAACAUUGCGGGACAACACAGAUUUCUUACUCGUCUCUUGUUGCGAAUUCGUAUUCGAUUCUUUGCCACGCAGUUACUUCAGUUUGUGGGCUAACGUUAUUGCGAGAAAAUAUUUCAUACGAGUACGCCAUUUUUCGGUGAGAAACGAUCAUCUCAAAGGAGCGAUGUCACUGUUAGAGGCCUUACGACAGAAAGAACGUGCUUUCACGUUCAAUAAAUAAUCGAAUGUUAGUCAGAUUGGAGAUCCUGUUGGAGUUUUCAUCGAACUGGGAAAAGGGUGAAAUGCAAGAAAUAUCGUUGCGGGGGAAUCGUCGAAGGAAAAGUACAAAACGAGCAAAAAACAGGACCCCGAAGAUCAAGCAUCGGAAUAUUUUCGCCACGCUUGAAGAACCGAGAGCCUCCGCGGAGGGGAAAAAAGUCUAUGAAAUUUCAAUUUACGAGUCUCAUAGAGAGAACGAAGAACCCCGCUCCAGAUGAGGAAGAAAGCUCUCGCCAAAGGGACAUAGAACGAGGAUUAAAUAGCUAACGGAGAGAAAAGAGAAACAGUAAGAAGCACGAAGAAAACGACGGGGGAAGGAAUAGCAAAAAAAUUCAUGCAUUCGAGUUACGUCCAAAGAAGAAGAACGAGGAUGACGGACGGUCGCACAGAUGUGCCAGUACAUAAUGUAACGGACCAGCGCCACUGUUCCUACCCUUUGAAUAAAAAGUUGGGGUAAAAUGCAUCUGGAUGAUUUACACGGUACAAGACAAAAUUCGAUCGAAGGAUUAAGGCAAAUAAUUCCAAUAAUGCGUAAUGAGGUCGAAGAAGAUUACGGAUUAUCGUCGAUAACGAGCGAUCUCGUGUCAACGACACCGACCAUGGGUAACAACGUACAUUUUUCGUGGGACAACUUGAGCAGCAAGAGUAGCAACAGCAGUCUUUCACCAAUUUUGGCAAGUCCGUGCGAGCCGACCGAAUGGGAAAAUUUAUCGACGACGAUAUUUCAGUACCCGGUUAAUUUGGGACGCCCAUUGGCAAUGACGAACGGUGAAAUGUCACCGGGCAGUACCGGAAGCGAAGCUGUAACGCCAAAUUCAUGGAACGGUGGUUUGUUCAAUAGUGAAUACAGCGAGUAUUCCAACGACGAAAUUACCAACGACUUCAACCCACGGUUCAGAUUGCCCUCCGUCAAUUCGGCGUUUUCGUUUUCCCGCAAUUUUUCAAACGCAAAUAAUUACGGCGAAUUCGCAAGCUCUGACUACAAUCAAGAUUGUCAGGAUUACGAGGAUUUUCGAGAAUUCUCAGAGGACUCUUUGAUACCCGUCACGUCACAGACUCAAGACAACGAAAACUUGAACGAAUCGUUGCAAAUCGUCGACGAAUUUGAUCUCAGUCUCAUCAGAGGCGACCCCACUAUGCUGCUCAAUAACGUUCCAUCCUCAAACUCAUUCUCUUCCCUCACUUUUAUCGAUGACGUUAACGAUCCCUUCCCCAAUUCGAAUGGACAAUGUUACGCCGUUGGUCAUCUCGUUUCCACACAGACUUCCGCUUUACCGAACAACAAUUUCAAAAAUAAUAAUCACUCGUUGACUUCCGGCCUCGUCAGUAGCGCCGACAAUCAAAUCGUCUUACCACGCAGUGAAGGCCUCAUGCUUGCCGAUAAACGACGCAAAACUUCCACCGGUUUUAUCGGCAAUGAUAAUCGACACGAGGAUUCGUACGGUUGUAACAUGUCCUCGGAGGAAGGAUAUCCUUCGUCUUAUCCGUGUCGUUGGCGCGACUGUGGUUUGUGUUUCAACGAUCAGGAAGGCCUGGUUCGUCACAUUGAGCGGCGUCACAUCGAGUCUUCGUCCUCUAACUCCCACGGUCCAGGAAGAAGAUCGCAGCGAGAUCGUGAAAAGGAAAAGGACAAGGACACUGUGAGCUCGACUUCGUUGAACGUUGCACAAGACGAAUUCGCUUGUCUUUGGCAAGGGUGUCCUCGAGCCAGACCUUUCAAUGCUCGAUACAAAUUACUCAUACACAUGCGUGUGCACAGUGGCGAAAAACCUAACAAGUGUCCGUUUGCAGGAUGUAAAAAGGCUUUUUCUCGUCUUGAAAAUCUGAAAAUUCAUCAACGGUCGCACACCGGAGAAAGACCUUACGCUUGCCAACACCGAGGAUGCUCGAAAGCCUUCAGCAACAGCAGCGACAGGGCUAAACAUCAGAGAACUCAUUACGAUACGAAACCAUACGCGUGUCAAGUGACAGGAUGUGGCAAGCGGUACACAGAUCCCUCGAGUCUUCGAAAGCACGUUAAAAAUCAUGCGGAUCCGUCGACAACAGUGGGAUCGACUACGAGAGGAACAACGAUGGACUCGUCAUCGAAGCAAACCUUGUCACACAGAAUCUCAUUUGCGAAUAUGAAAGACUCGACAACCCGCAAUCUCAACAUAUCCACAUCCGCGUUGAGUCAUCGAUUGCAUGAGAAUUGCGAAAUUACGAAGGAGGAUAAAGUUUCUUUGUUCCACGAGAUUCAGACAUCGGAGGCACGUUUAACGUCCAAGAUUGAAAACAACCAACCGGAGUACGUGCCCUUCGAGUCCGUCGAACGAUUUUUAAUCGAGGACGAAACGUACACGGGAAUUGAUAAUGGAGAAUUUUACGGAGAUGACGUAACGGAUUUUCAAGAGCUCGGAUCCGACAUCGAGCACGAGUUCCUCGAGCUCAGCAAUCUCGACGAUGCGCAGUUUAUCGGCGGAUAAUCAUAUCGUACAUCCAUAGGAAACGAUAUAAAUAUAUUAAUGAAAAAAAAAAAAAACAAUCAAACGCAUUUGGAGUUGAAAGAAACGAGGCGCCACGAGCAGUUCUAUAGGAACUGCUUACUCAAUUGUGAUCUCAGGAAACGUCGAGGAUCGCGGAUCUCAUCGUAAAUCCAAAGAUUAAUUAUAAGACUUUUUCAUAGUUAUAACCACUAUAUUUUCCAAAUACAAUUUUUUUAUUACUCCA